GUCUCCAAUCCUGUCUGUGCACGGCACGCCCGCCCACCCACUUGCUGAGCCGCGGCGGCGUCGCGCAAACCGCGUAACCAACUGGCCUGCACACCCACCACCAAUCCGCCCAAAUAUCGCAACUUUGCUUGUUCCAAACCCGCCCUCCACCAAUCGGCUCACCCCACCACAUUGAACUCCCUUCCCCCAGAACGUUGGCUACUUUCGCUUGCCGGUUCUGGAUACGCACAUUAACUCGAUUCACCUACUUGCGCAAUGACAGACCCGGAACCAACCGCGGUUCCGCAUCGACUCGAUCCCGGACUCGCCGGAGACAAAGGGUCGAGCAUCAUAUCGCACUCGACGCCGUACACGUACACUGUCGCCGGGCCACCCCCAACAAAUAUGAACCAAUUCGCCGCAGUGCCCAGGGGAGCUGCCCUCGAAACACGACCACCUCCAGGAGACGACGCGCCUCGGUUCCGCGCCAUCACUUCAGGCGGCAAUUUAACGAGGCGCGAAGACCAUGCCGUUGCAUCCCGCGCUUCCUGGGAUCUCGGACCAGAAACCGCCGCUUAUUCCACAUUGUCCUCGCUCGAAUACCGCGCCCCCACCGAGAAUAACUAUCCCCCACAAUUGCCAAACCGACACCCGCUACCACUUUCUCGGAGCAAUUCGCAGGGGACGAGCACCACCAACGGCACCGACUCCGUGUUUACCCCGCCCGCGAGCGGAGGGAGGUUGAGCCCCGGCACCGGCAGCGCCCAGGGUUCGAGCCAGGGAUCUCAAUUACACCAACUGUCCCAGAUCGCCGCAGCCCAAGCGAGGAUACCCGAAGACGCGACCGACAUGGCGCACGGCGCGUCAAAAAAGCGGAUGGCCGACGGUGUGGUGAAGCACACGCGCGACAAGUCGAACGUGUCCCCGAGGCAAAUGAUCGGCCACUCGAGGAAUACCAGCACCGUUAGCGUGGCAUCCACCGCGGGAAGCCGUAUCGGAGAGUUGUCGGCCGAGAUAAAAGCGCGCCUGUCGUACGCCAUGGUCAAGGUUAACCAUGGAUGGCAGUCUCACUCCAUCGAGCAGGUCGAGACGUUGGCUUCACAGGCGGCCUCGCCUGCCUCCAGUGCCUCAACGAUACACUUGAGGAACGGCUCGUCAGCAAGCCCGCAGCUUUCUACCGCCUCGCAUCGCGCCAGCAACAACACGACCCCAGCCACGGGCCCACAGCACCACUCUUCUGGCCGCCCCGGUGAACCUCAGUGGAGGACGUCCCCGCAAUCCACGUCCCGGGGAAACUCGUCAUCCCCCGUCAAGACCAGCCACGGGCUCGCUCCGCCAGUUUCGAUCCAGCCAUCGCAGCACGUAGGGAAUCCACGCAGGGAACCUAACCCACGACAAAUACCCCCUUUCAUUUCCCGCCACACCUCACCCAACGCAGGCGGGUUACGCGCUAGCCCCUAUCCUGCCCCAGGCCGACACAGGAGCGCCACCUCGGACGGCAUGCUCGUCUCACCACACACCAACGUCCGUGAACAAGACGCAAUCGAGUCGCUCCUCUUCAUGAGCAGCCCGGGCAACUCGGCCAACCUCAAGCACGCCUUCCCCCCCUCGGCCUCUCAACCACUUCCAUCAAGCCACAUGGCGCCGCAUAGAACCGCGCUCCCAACGUCGCAACCGCGGAAGAGCCUGCCCACGGGGCGGCCGCCGCAUCACGCCCGCUCGCAAUCGCACUCCCAACCGCACACCCAAAAGCGGGUCGUCUUCGACAAGUCUCCGUCGGCCAUGGACAUCGACGAACCCCCAUUCGUAGGCGGCUCCCCCAUGUCGGUAACGCGAGGCACGCCACGGAGGAAAAUGAACGGUGACCACCAAGCCCAUUCCCAGGCGCCAACACCCAGGCUAAAACAGCUACCGGUUUCCACAGGCCUAACCGUCUUGUCAAAACCGAGGCAGGCGCUAGGUGAUGACGAGAUUGACCGCAUGCUGGACAAGGCGGCGGCAGAUGGGGACUCGGAUUCGGACGGCGAGAUCGAGUUGCCAAAGGUAAGGCCGGGGCGUCGGGACGACGCGGGGGUCGUGGGUUCCUGAGGGCUCCGCCAAGCUAUACGUUGUUAGGGAAUGAGCGUCUUGAAUUAUUGGGCAUGUUCAUGAGCAAAGUUUGCGGCGUUUCGUUUCGAAGAUAUAUAUACAGGGUCUCGACUUUCCAUACGGCCAUGGAUAGUUCUCCAGCCUCUCUUCGCUGUAUAGGGUUAUUUGCAUUUUGGAGACGGCGUUGGGUUGAUCAUCGAUGGGUUCACUCCCAGGCUAGCGACCUUGCAUUGUUCAGUUCCCCCUUUCGGCGUUGGGUAGGUAGCAAUAUAAGUGUUGCGUUUUGGCUUCAAUUUAAAGCAGCUACCUGUUCCCGUAGCCAACAAUGCCCCUUGC